AACAAAGUAUUUUUGAAUUCUGUCAAGAUCACCUAUCAUGAUGCUGCCACCACCAUGCCAAACAGAUCAAACACGUUUAAAUUACAAAAGAAUAUUAAGACAUUCAGGAAAACAAUCAACUUUACUCCAAGUUUUCUUCACAAUAAAUUUCAGUAGAUUUUUAUCACAUUGUAUCCAAAACUUUAACAUAACUGGGAUUUUAUAGGAUAAAACGAGGUAAUUGAAGCUUGAUUGUAAAGUGGAAGAACAAUGAGACAUUCUUAAGUUUUUUACAGUCAAAAAUCUGAAAAGUGUGGCAUGCCUUUGCAUUCAACCCCUCUGAGUGGAAGCAGCUUUUUGUGUCAAAAGAUAAAAAUGUCCAAGUGGAAAAUGUUUCACCUGAAAAUAAAAAAUUUUAAUGGUUUUUUUUUCUACAAAAUUUCUGUUUUGUUUUUUUCUUGCAAAUGUUCAACUUUUCAAGCUCCAACGUUACACAAAAAUACUCUAAAAUUUCUGAGAUGAAUCUGAACAUUUCUGCGCUAUUUUGGCAGAAAUUUACUCCUCCAUUUUUAUUUCUCCUGUCCAACAUGUCCCUAAUAGGCCGUCGUACUUUCCUGACGUCAUGAAAUCCCAGCAGUUUGCAGGUUUCUAGUUGUGGGAAAAGUUGAACCAGCAUGAAACCGGUGGAGUCUAAUUUAGACUCCAUCCUCCAGACCACAACAGGUGCCUCCACCUGUCUCCCCCCUUCCGCGGCGCGCUGGCCGUGACCCAGAAAGCAGCCGUCAUUCUGCAGAAAUGGUAUGCAGCCCGCUCGGUUCGGUCACCGGAUCGGCGGCAGCUGCUGAGCCCCGUCCCCCCCGGGGCUAUUUUCACCCGCCGGAUAAAGUGCCGCAGCUCGGCGGGAUUCGGCGCAGAGUAGCGGCACGAUGAAGUCCCGCACAGACGACUGCGCCUCCGAACUGGACACCGACACGGACAGCUCCGAUGGGAAGUCCACGGGCGGCUGCAGCCCACCCCGGGAGUCCGGGGAGAGACUGGAGGCGGAGGGCGGCUGCCCGGGCGCGGCGCGCCGGCGGCGGCGGCGCAGGAGCGGCGCGGGCAGCGGCAGAGACGCGCGGCUGUCCGGCGUCAACAAACAGCGGCAGGCGGCGAACGCGCGGGAGCGGGACAGGACGCACAGCGUGAACACGGCCUUCACCGCGCUGCGGACGCUCAUCCCCACCGAGCCCGCGGACCGGAAGCUGUCCAAGAUAGAGACGCUGCGCCUGGCCUCCAGCUACAUCUCCCACCUGGCCAACGUGCUGCUGCUGGGGGAGGACUGCCGGGACGAGCAGCCCUGCCUCCGGUACCAGGACCUGAUCCUGCACGGCCCCGCGCCGCUCAGCGGCCCCUCCCUGCGGCCCAUCUGCACCUUCUGCCUCAGCAACCAGAGGAAACAGCUCAGAGAUGGAGGGAAACACUCCUCUUCAGUGUGAAACGAAGCGGCUCUGGACAAACCCUGAGUCCAUCUGAUGUUUACAGUCUAAACUUUGUAAAUACAUAUUUAUUUUUUUAACAUACUACAGGACAAAAAUGACUUUUUUGAGCACUUUCUGUCCAGCGUGGUGAGCUGCUGAACCUCAGUGUUUUGACUGAGACGUAACCUGAGCCCGUGAGCGCAGCUGCACCUGACCUGGGGCUAUUUUGGUCCCCACCGAUAGUACAAACUACCCCAUGACCCACCACCACCAAGUGUACCUCCUAAAAACAAGCUGGUCACCUUCAGUGCAGUAGUUGCUGUCAGUUUACUGGUUUCUGCCUUCAGCAGUAAGAAGGCUGUCCAUUACUACUGCCUCUAGUGGUGGACGUCAGUAACUGCAACACUUACAGAACCAGGUAGUGAAGUGGUUUAACUUUAGUCCCCAACAACCAUUGGCUGAGGUUCUCAACAUACUUGAUAAAGAAUUGGACACACUGAUAUUCUACCAAUCAACAAGCUACAAAACCACCAAUUGUAGGAGAAAAUCAAUUGGUUACCUAAAGAGACGGGUUGGUUGGCCUGUUGUGCCUUGCAGGAAGAAGGUUCUGGGUCUUCCUUGUGCCUGAGUGAGUUAUCUACAGGUUCACUGAACAAAAACAUGGCUGCUAGCUUUAAUUGUUGCUCUAAACAAGCAGAGUUUCCAACUGUAGUUCUCCACAGCUACUAUCCAACUUCUCCAACACACCUAUUUCCAAUGAUUGGCUUGUUACUAUUUGGUAUCUGUUUUGCAUUACUGCCAUCUACUGGUAUGGAGUGUCAUUACCAGGUCUUCUUCCUCUUGUGGCAUUUAGUUGGCGAUUCUAACAUCUACACCAAAUAAUUAAAAAAUGUUAAUUAAAUCCUUCCAACUAAGCCUAUACACAAAACACAAAUCUUUCCCUAUAUUUCUAAAAAUGUAGAAUAAUGUAUUCGACUGCCUCUUCCCGAUCACAAAACUCAUAAUGUUCAGUUCAGUGUGUCCAAAACUGAGUUGAUUUUAUUGUAGAUGGAAAGAAGAACCUUCAGUUAUGCCUGCUGAAAAUAAUUCGACUGGGAAGCAAUGUAAUUAAAAAAUUACAUUGUGCUAACAAAAUGAAUGUGUUCAUGUGAAAAAAUGAAUGUGUUCAUGUGAAAGCAAUGGAAGUGAAAAGUUUAAACAAAUUAGUCUAUUCUUAACCAAAACGUCAAUGUAGCUAGCUAGUUAGCUACACUGAAGCUAGUGAGUUUUCAAUAUGGCUAGCUAGUUAGCUACACUGAAGCUAGCUACUUUUCACUGCGAUUAGACUGCAGGCAAUGCUGAAGCUAACUAAUUUUUGAGAGGCUAGCUAGCUUUCAAUAUAUCAAACUGGCUGCACUGAAGCUAGCUAGCUAGCUUACUAGAUGCAGUGGUAGAUUAAUUGUACAUUUGACUUGUAUGUAAAAGUCAUAUUUUUAUAGAUUAAGUAAAAUAUUUUCCAAAGUUGGAUCUAUGAGAGAGAACAUGUUCAAUAUCCAACAUGGCUCCCUCUAGCUAGCAAACAUCUAUUAUUUAAGAAAAGGCAGGUUUAUAACUUUGAUUCUGACAUCAGAAACUCAGAUGUUUAUAAAUGUGACAUUUCUAUCGUGGAGAUUUUCUUAACCUGCUUCAAAUAUUUUUAUGAUUAGUCGUAACUUGAUUUCACUGCACACUGUUCAGACAUAUUAACCCAAAGUGUUGAAAAGUUUACUACUGCAAUGCUGCACAGUCACUUUAACAGCACACGAUGAGCCUUUUGCACUUUUAUAGAGAAUUUAAAAAUGUGAUAUUAAACUCAUGUGGAUCCCUUUGAUAUUUAUAAUACAGCACUAAACUAUUACUGGGAAAUUUUGCUCUCUACCUCAGAUCUGUGUUUUAAAUACAAAGGCCUACCUCUGAUCAAAAUUAGUAACAGGACUGUAACAAAUACUUGAAUGUCAGACACGUCUGUCCUUUGCACAUUGAAUGAAACUGCUUGAAGAAAAAUGUAUUUUUGUACAAAAAAAUAAACUUUAUCAACCUGUCUUUGUA